AAUGGGUUGUUGUGGAAACAAGGAAUGUAUUCAUUUCUUAUUUUUUUAGAACCAUCUAAAAAAAUUGAAGUUUAAAAAAAUAAGCCACCAGGUUAAAUUUAACCAUCAGAUGUAAUAUUACAUUUUUUAAGUUUGAUAGGUUAUUGUAUAACCAAACAAAGUUGCAUCAAAAAGAGACUAUAAAAAAGGUGAGCUUAUAGGCACAGGUGCUUUUUCUGAAGUUUAUCAAGCCUUGGAUAAUAAGACAGGCAAAAUCUUAGCUAUUAAAACAGUUAAACUUUAAGGAGGAGGAGAUUAAGUACAAUGUUAUUUUCAAAAUCUAGAUUUUUAGAACAAUAAAUGCUUUAAAAGCAGAAAUCAAACUCUUAAAAAAGUUAUAGCACAAAAAUAUUAUUAAAUACUAUUUUACAGAAAUCAGCCAAGAUAAUACCUAUGUUGAUAUAGCUCUAGAAUAUAUCGCAUAAGGAUCACUUAGAAAAGUUAUAAAUAAAGUUAGACUUGAUGAAGCUAAUGUUAGAAUUUAUGCAAGAUAGAUCUUAGAAGGAAUUUAAUACCUUCAUCAAAAUAAAGUUAUUCAUAGAGACAUAAAGGCUGCCAAUAUUUUAGUUGACAGUGAUGGAACAAUUAAAUUAUCCGAUUUUGGAACAUCUAAAGUUCUAGACUCUGAAGAAAACUUAAUAAUUUAAAAUAAAUCAUUAAAAGGAACUCCUUAUUGGAUGGCUCCUGAAGUAUGUUAAUUGAAGGCUGCCUCUUUCGAAUCUGACAUAUGGUCAUUUGGAGGAGUAGUUAUAGAAAUGAUUGGAGGUUUGCCUCCAUAUGCUGAUAAAUAUGGAGCAGAUAUUGAUGCUUAUGAAUUAAUGAAGAAAAUUGCUUAAGAAGAAAAACCAAAUUAUCCUCAAUAAACAUCAGCAUAAGCAAAAAAUUUUUUAGAUUCUAUUUUUGUUGCAGCUCAUCUUAGACCAUCUGCAAGUAAAUUACUCUAGCACCCAUAUGUACAAAUCUCUGAUCCUUAAACUGAUAGUGAAGAAAUAGGAUUUAAAUAAUCCUUAGAUCCAGUUCCUUCUAAACGCUCUAUUGUUGGGGCUACUAAUGGAAAAAUCUAAGAUAAACCCAUUAAUUCAACAUACAUACAACAAUAACAAUUAUAAAAACAAAGACUUGAUGAAUAAAGACUCUAGAAGUAUACAAUUUGUUUAAUUAGGUAGAUAGAGAGAAUGGGAACAAGCCCUUAAAGAAGAGUUAAGAAGAAAAUCACAAAAAAAUUAAUGA